AUGUGGACGGUAAAGUUCAUUGGUGGCAGCACGAGCAAGGCCGUCACGCCUCUCCUCGACGCGCUGGCCAAGCUCAAUACUGACGGUGGCAUCUGGUCGGUGGCGUUGGGCAACCACGACUGGGGCAAAGGCACGACCAAGAAGCUGCUGAAGCUCUUCCCGGCGCUCGAGGCGAUCGAUCUGGGCGUCGCCAAGAAGGUGUCGCACCACCACCGGCUGUCCGACUGGGAUCUCCAGGCCGUACCCGCGCUGCGAAAGUUCAAGUGGCACUGGGCGUACGACUGCGACGAGUCCAAGUUGAUGCAAAUCGUGCGCGGGCGAGAGAUGCGAUUCGAGGAGCUCGAGCUCGAGCGCGCAGAGGGGAUGGGCGAAACGAGCCCGCACUCGGGGCUCACCGACACGCUGCUGAUCGAGCUCGGCAAGAACUGCCCGAACCUCAAGUCCCUCACGCUGAAGGGCCACCUCGACUUUUCGGACAAGGGCCUGGACGCGCUGCUCGGCGGAUGCCGCCAGCUCGAGAAGCUCAAGCUGUCCACCGCGACCAUCUUCCACCCACGGCUCUCACGCAUCCGUCUGAGCCCCGUGUGCGUCGACGCCAUCCGUGCACGCGGCUUCCGGAUGGCCGACCUCGCCCCGUACUCUCUCAAGUCUUCUGACGAUACACGCCUCCUCGUCAGCCCGGCCCAGUUCUUUGGCCUGACAUCAAUGUCCUCGUAUACCGAGGUGUCCAGUGCGGAAGCGACGACGCAGGACAAGAUCUACCCGUACGCGUAG